ACCGAUUCAGUACUCGUUGGCGAUUCAGCAGGCUGUGAGCUCUGUUCUCUCUGUGCUCAUCUCCACUUCCAGCAUCCUUUCUGUUCCCCUGCAGCUCCUCCACAUCACUGGGGAUUAGUGAGUCCACACUGCAUCCUGCUCCCCUUUAUUCUGCACUCUUAGUGUCUUAAAGGAUCUCCAGGAUUUGGAGCAGUAAAAUUGGGUGCACUUGGAUUUACAGCUACCUCGCGUCCUUUACUGAGCACAGCAGCUACAGUUUCAGCCAAAGGUUUGCUUUGAUUGAACUGAAAUCACAGCCAUGGAUGAAAUGGAUGUGCCGCAGCUGAAGAAAGAGGUAGAGAGCCUCAAGUACCAGCUGGCGUUUAAGAGGGAGAAAUCAUCCAAGACAGUCACAGACUUGGUGAAGUGGAUUGAGGAUGGAGUGCCCACUGACCCGUUUUUGAACCCUGAGCUGAUGAAGAAUAACCCAUGGGUGGAAAAGGGCAAGUGUGUGAUCAUUUAGGAUGGAAACAACGGAACAGCACAGAUCUGAAUGUCCACGCACACACACACACACACACACACACACACACACACACAGCGGCAUUAGCACCGUACAGUCACUUGCAAGAUCUGAAACUAUGCCACGCAUUACUAUAUUAUAUUCAUAAAGGUCAAUAUGUUAUUAAAAACUCACUAUUAAUAUUAUAUUCAUAGAAAAAUAACUCAAUCUAUUUAUAUGCACUUAGUUCUUUUAGUCUGUUACAUAUUAGUUUGCUUGCGCUUUUUUUAAACUCAAGUUUUAGUGUCUCACUGCCAGAAAAUGAGUGACAGAUUAAUGCCUGCAAAUAAAUGAGAGAAUUAUUGCAUUCUGAAAUGUAUAAAUCUGCAGAUUUUUCUCUUUUUCUCUGCAGCGUGUUAAUCUGUCCAUCACGACAGUGCACCAUUUAGACAGAAACCACAGAAACAUGUUCACAUUCAGCACCAUUUCGUUGAGUCUGUUUGAUUACUUAAUUUAUGAUCUAUUUAUUUAUUUAUGUUUUGUUUUUGUUUUUUUUUAAAUUAACUGUUGAUGCUCUGAUGGACUUGAUAUUUUAAAAUUUAGGUCUGAGGUUCCGAGUUACACUACUGAGAACGUUUUAUUUUUUUUUUUUAAUUUCUUCACUGAUUACACACUAAUAUGAUGUUCUCCAUAGGUGACGCUUGGUAUAACAGAAUCCAUUUCUUUAUUUCUACAGUCUAUUAUUUAACACUGAAAUGAAUCCAGUGUUUAGCUGCUAAGAAAUCUUCAUUUGAUAUGAUAUAUGACACAUAUGUAAGACACGUUUUUAAAAACCCAUCAGAUGUUGCUAUGACUGAAUUCUGGCAACCAAAAAUGACCAAAAAUUGGGGGCUUCUUCCUAUAAGAUACUUUGACACAUCUAUUAAGAAAGCGUAAAGAUAUUUCAUGAAAACGAUGUAGAAAUGUUUUAUUAACAUUUUAAACUCGAAGCUUUAACUUUAAGCUUUCUGCAAAUCACGUUGUGUAAAUGAGCCAGUUUAACAAACACAACUCCAAAAAAUGCUGUAGCCUAUGUAUAAAGGUGGGUAGAAAGAUUUUUUUUUUUUGGUCAUUUUGAUUAUUUUUUUAAUAUUUUAUUUAUCACACGUUAAAUUUAAAUGCAAAUUAAAUCAAUAAAUAAUAGUUGUUUUUAGAGAAUCAGUGUACUGGUGUCUUUCAGUGGAAUGGAUUCUUUAAAUGCAGUUUUCUCACAAAAAAUGUCAAAACAUCACUAUGUGAAGGGUUUUCUCUGACCAACACACAAAUGUUGCUAGAUGUCAUCAUUUUACGUUAAUACAGAGUACGUCUAUUUGGUUUAGCAAGCAAGCUAACGUUCCUAUUCUUAUUCAUUACCUAGCUGGCUAGAUACCAGUGUUUUAAUGUCACUAGUAAUCGGAAAGGUGCUUAGCUAACUUUAGCCUGUGCACAAAGGAGACAUGACGAUCUGUGUUUUAAUUUAUAGAAUAAUGUAGACUUGUUUUAGGGUUUGUUUUUUUUUUUUUUCAAUAUUUUUUUAGUUUCUCGAAAAGUGGCGAAAUAUAAACAACUCUUGGUAGGAAACUCAGACUCUCGGACCUGACUGUGUGAUGAGCAAAAGAAGAAAUAACACACAUUAUGCCAGUUUUCACCAUCUGAUACUGCCUUGGUCACGCUUUCCUUAAAAAGAAUGAAUGUGUUUUGUAAGCGAACCGGCUCUGAUGCACAAACUAAUUUUUUUCCAAAGGCAAGGCAAGGUGUGUGUUAAUCUCUGACUUCUGAUUUUGUUCUGUUUUUAUAUAUUUAUCAAUUUUAAAAAACCUGCAGCGUGUUAGUUAGAGAUUAUGCAUAAGAUCAUGGGUUCUAGGUUAAUGACUAAGCAAUAAGUAAUGGCAUUUUUUAUUGAAUGUUUUACAAAAAAAAACAUUUAUCUUGAAUAAAGUAGAGGAAUUUUA